CUUCGCGCCUUCCUGGGUUCCUUCCUCUCCCUGGCUGUCUUUCCUUCUCGCUCCCUCCCUCCCUGCCCCCCCCCCUCCCCCCCCCGCCCCUGUCGAUACACCACCAUGGCUGACAUCGCUUCCGGCUUGCUUGCCGCGAAGCCCGAGGUGGCCAGCCUCACGAUCGCGGGCUUCAGCUUGAAAUCCAUCCUCGCCACCUUUUUCCUGGCUACCUUCCUGUUUGAGCGUUAUAUCUCGGUUCGGCAGAUCCGGAUGACGCGCAUCAAGAAGCGCCCGGCCAUCUUGAAUGGCAUUGUCGACGAUGACGAGAAGUUCCUCAAGACCCAGGAUUACUCCUACGACAAGCUGGUGUUCGGCUUCGUCACGUCGACCCUGGAGAUGUUCAAGUCCAUGGUCUUCUUCCACUUUGAUCUGCUGAAGGCCACCUGGGAUCUUUCGGCCCACCUGCUGGAGGCGUAUGGUCCGGCUUCGCUUGCGGGCAACCAGCUGGCCAUUUCGCUCAUCCUGCAGAACAUCCUCUUCUUGUCGGAGACCCUGUUGGAGCUGCCCCAGUCCCUGUAUUACAACUUCGUCAUUGAGGAGCGGUAUGGCUUCAACAAGCAGACCCUGCGGCUGUUUGCCACCGACCAGGUGAAGAACCUCUUCAUCAGCAUGAUCAUCCAGACGGCCAUCAUCCUGCCCAUCAUUUAUCUCAUCGGGUGGGGCGGUGAGCGCUUCUACCUGUGGGUGUACUUCUUCCUGCUGGCCUUCCAGCUGGUUUUCCUGAACAUCUACCCGACGCUCAUCCAGCCGCUCUUCAACAAGUAUGAGCCUCUGCCGGAGGGGCCGCUGCGAGACACCAUCUACAAGCUGGCCAAGAAGAUCUCCUUCCCCCUGACCGCCAUCUACACGGUGGACGGGUCAAAGCGUUCGGGCCAUGCCAACGCCUACUUCUACGGGUUCUUCAAUAACAAGCGCAUUGUCAUCUACGACACCCUGAUCAAGUCCCUGGAGCUGCCGGAGGUGGAGGCCGUCAUGGCGCACGAGCUGGGCCACUGGUACCACAGCCACAACCUCAAGAACAUGGCCAUCCAGCAAGUGUCCACCUUCUCGAUGAUGUAUGCAUUCAGCUUCUUCGUCUUCAACCGAUCCCUCUAUUCCUCCUUCGGCUUCCAUGUGCCGGCGGACCAGGAGCUGCCCUACCUGGUCGGGCUGACGCUCUUCCUCCAGUGCUGGUCGGCUCUGAACCUGGCCAUGAAGCUUCUGAUGAAUAUGGUGUCACGCUCGUUCGAGUUCCAGGCCGAUGCCUUUGCCUGUGGGCUCGGCUAUGGCAAGGUCCUGCGUUCGGGCCUGCUCAAGAUGCAGCUGGAGAACAUGUCCCAAAUGCUGCCGGACUCCCUGUACUCCCUGUACAACUACACCCACCCGCCGAUGCUGGAGCGCAUCUCGGCCAUCGACAAGCUGCUCCAGAAGAAGGAUUAAGCAUUCGCCCCCCCCCCCCCCCCC